GUUAUUUGGCAGUUUUGGCACUUGACAUGUGUCAUGUCAUGUGGCAAAUGGCAAGUAAAACAGACGUGUCCUGAAAAAAGUAAAAGUACAAAAGUUAUAAAAUUAAACAGACUGAAAAUAAUUUGAACAACAAGGCAUGACAAAAACGAAAAUAUAUUACCGCAAUUCUAAAUAACAUAAAGUGAAAAAUCAAGUGUUCGAAAAACUGUAAUAAUGGUGUUUUUUAAAAUUACAUUUAUAGUGACUUAAUUAAAUUCGUAGUGCUCUUUCAAUAAUGCAAUGCUUCCUAGACGACGCCGUACUGGCUCCGAAACCGAGCACCAAGUUGUAAUUGGCAACGAAAGUUAUUGGCCUCAGAAUCAACCGAAAACUUUAAAUCAAUUAAACUCAGCCUACCCCAAUAAUGUAACAGCUGAUUAUUAUUUAGAAGACUACGUUGAAGAUUACGUUGAACCAGAAUUAGUCAUGACUGCGAGGGAUAGGACUAGUGAAUUUGUAAAUACAAUACAGACUUUACAAGGGAGGAACAUUGCUAGAGCUGUAGCAGCCAGAGAUCCAAAAAAAUCUAAAGUUAUACAGAGCCACUCUGAGUUUAUGUUAAUUGCUAGGAAUGUGGGGAAAAAUAUUGCUAGCACUUAUGCAAAACUUGAAAAAUUAACAUUGUUGGCCAAAAGAAAAUCCUUGUUUGAUGACAGGACAGCCGAAAUCCAGGAAUUGACUUAUAUAAUAAAAGGUGACCUUAGUAGUUUGAAUCAACAAAUAGCCCAAUUGCAAGAUGUGUCUAAAAGGCAACGUCUGAACACAACUGGAAAGCAUUUACAAUCCCAUUCUAGUAGUGUCGUGUUGGCUCUGCAGUCCAAGCUGGCCAGCAUGUCUACUGACUUCAAGCAGGUCUUGGAGGUGAGGACGGAGAAUUUGAGGCAUCAGAAGAAUAGGAGGGACCAAUUUUCUCAAGGAGGGAUGCCGCCGCCUAAUGUUUCUCAAGCAUCACAAGGGAGCCUGUUACUGCAAGAAGACGAUCAAGUUAGCAUUAAUCUAGAAAGCACCGCGUUGAUACCGAAAGGGCAAAGUCAAAUGCAGGCCGCUUUGAUGUACGACCACACCGACAACUAUCUGCAAAGCCGCGCGGAAACGAUGCAAAACAUCGAAUCGACGAUCGUAGAACUAGGCGGCAUUUUCCAACAAUUGGCCCACAUGGUGAAAGAACAAGAGGAAAUGGUCGAACGAAUCGACAGCAACGUCGAGCACGCCGAAUUGAACAUCGAAGCGGCGCACGCGCAGAUUGUUAAAUAUUUCAAAAGCGUCUCGUCGAACAGGUGGCUGAUGAUCAAAGUUUUCGGCGUUCUGAUUGUUUUCUUUAUAUUUUUUGUUGUAUUUUUGGCA